UGUGGUUGCAAGGUGGUCCUGGGAUGUCAUCUCUCUAUGGACUAUUUAGAGAAAUUGGUCCUUUAACGAUCAAUAACGGAAAAGUUGGAAUGAUGCCAGUAACUUGGGCUAGUGAUUAUUCACUGCUGUUUAUUGAUAACCCCGCUGGUUCCGGCUUUAGUUUCUCGAGACGAAAGCGAUACCCUAGUAAUCAGGAUGAGAUCGGAAGCAGUCUUCUAACAUUCAUGAAGCAGUUCAUCCAAGUAUUUCCAGAGUUAACAGAAGCACCUCUGUUCAUUGCUGGCGAAGAAUAUGGCGGGAAAUAUGUACUCGGAUUAGCACAUUACAUACAUCACGAUGAAAUGUUCUCAUCCACUAUUAAUUUAAAGGGUUUGAUAAUCGGUGAUGGAUGGAUCGAUCCUCCCAAUUUGCUGCAGUACUCAAAAUGGGCUUUACAACUUGGUCUUGUCGAUCACCAGCAAGCUGCAAAAAUAAAAGAAGCGGAGGACAUGGCCAGGAUGUAUUGGGAGGAGCAAAAUAUAUACGACUACGCUGGAAAAGCUAAAAUGGCAUACAACUUACUAAAAACAUUCGCGCCAUUCGAUGAUCUAAACUAUUUAAAAGACGAUACGGAGCACUGGGAACUAGAAAUCAGCAAAUAUCUCAACCAAGAUAAAGUAAAAAAAAUAUUACACGUAGGCGAUAUAGGAUUCGAUUUUAUUAAUUAUGGCUCUCAGAGCAAAUUAUAUGAAGAAAUUUAUUUAUCAGUGAUACCGUGGUUGGAAGAACUAGUAGAACACUAUGGUGUACUAUGUUACAGUGGACAAUUGGAUAUGCUUAUGGCAUAUGCCUUAUUAGAGAAGUCGUAUAGAAACCUUGAAUGGUCUGGGCGUGAAGGAUAUCUAAACGCUAGCAGGGAACCACUUUUCGGACACGACCACACUGUUAAUGGGUAUAUCAAGACUGCGGGCAAUUUUAUGGAAAUAAUGAUUCGGGGUGCAGGACAACAUGUUCCUGCAGACAAUCCAAUAGUAGCAAAACAGGCUAUAGAUAUUUUUAUAGAAAAAUAUGCCUAAAAAUAGCACAUCAAAUGCAUGCCAAUUACUUCGGCAUUUAAAAACUGAUCUGAAUAAGUUAAAGUUAAGCAUUGUUUG